AGGCAACCCAUUUUGUAGGAAACUGUAGUGCUGCCGGCGUGUGAUGCGGAAGGUUUCCUAAACUGCGGCUGUCAGUUGUCAAACUCUUUUUCACAAGGAAGGCCAACCGUAUAGCCUCAAGAUGUUGAUGCCCAAAAAGAACCGCGUAGUUAUCUACGAACACUUGUUCAAGGAGGGUGUUAUGGUAGCGAAGAAAGACUACCAUGCGCCGAAACAUCCCGAGAAGGCGCUGGAAAACAUUCCCAACUUGGAAGUAAUCAAAGCCCUUCAAUCACUUAAAUCCAGGGGAUACGUUAAGGAACAAUUCGCGUGGAGGCACUUCUACUGGUACCUCACCAACGACGGCAUUGAAUAUCUGAGGACGUAUCUGCACUUGCCGCCAGAGAUUGUACCAUCCACUCUCAAGAGGCAAUUGCGCACGGAAACCGCCCGUCCGAGGGCUGCCGCCGUUAGGUCCGAGACCAGCAAACCCGCUGAGGAUCGUUCUGCAUACAGGAGGGCGCCGGGUGGUGCUGGCAAUGCUGACAAGAAGGGAGAUGUUGGUGCUGGUACAACCGAUCUUGAAUUCCGAGGUGGAUUCGGCAGGGGUCGCGCACCACAAUAAAUUAUUUUAUAGGUUUCAAUCUUGAAAAAAUAAACAUAAUGUUUACAAAAA